AUGAAGCAUAGAUUCCAAAUCACAACUGAUUUAGACGAUUUUGAGAGUCUACUCCAGGAGACUAGCAGUGUUGUGUCGAAUGGAGGUGAUACUAGUCCUGUAAAUGCUCUCUUGAAAGAAAAGAUCUCUGAUAUCCCCAUCCCGAAAUCUACCGCAUCACACAAAUCGCUCAUUUUGAAUCCUUUUGGGAUCGCCGAAAACAAGACCAAUGUGGUGGUGCCAGUGAUUGACGUGAUCAGUUCUGACACUCUCCAAUACAACCAUGCAUCUUCUCGAAGUGUCCAGGUUGGUGGUUUCGAUUGGAGUCUCAUCUUCCGAUGGCAUCCAAUCCCUUCACGUGAUGCCGUUCGCCCCGGUGCUCCGAACUCCCCUGUUCGAACUCCCACCAUGGCAGGAGGUCUAUUUGCAAUUUCCACGGAAUUUUUCGAGCGACUGGGAUGGUAUGAUCCGGGCUAUGAAGUAUGGGGUGCUGAGAAUCUCGAGCUUUCCUUCAAGACUUGGAUGUGCGGUGGUCAACUGGAAACAAUUCCUUGCAGUCAUGUGGGCCAUAUAUUCCGUAGUCGGUCACCGUACUCCUGGAAAGUGAAAACUGCCAAUCCACUGAAGCACAAUCUUCUUCGACUCGCCGAGGUUGUGUUAGGUGAUGACUACAAGCACUUCUACUUCUCACGAGUAAACUACAAUGAGGUGGGUGUAUUUCGUGUUAUGAAUUCGAGUUGCAAUUAA